UUACUUUAAAAACGAAAAUACACUUUCGCUUUAAAAACGUCGAUAUGAUCCUAUCGCUUUAAAAUUACAAAUGCUCUUUUUCAGUUCUUUGUUGUUCUCAUUAUUAAUUAAAUUUUAACUUAUAAACUCUCUCAUUUAACAUGAACCGUCUGUGCUUUAGGAUUCUAAGUGCCAAUUCUUCGUUUUUGCAAAAUCAUAUGAAUGCUUCAAAGCAUUUUCAACAUUCUUUCAAAAACUUAUUUCUUCGCCAAAAUGCAGUUGUGAAAUCUUUAGAAAAGUUGAAAUUUGGUGCUGCAUUAAAACUCAAUUCGUUACUCAAUUCGCGUAGAAUGUGCACUAGUCCUGGAGACAACGGUGGACCGAAGAGAAGCAGAAAGCCUGCGCUAUUAAUGGUGUUUGAACCAAUAAUGCGUCCUGAAGUAUUACUAAGUAUUAAGAAUUGGAUUAUGGCAAAGUUUAUUAUACAGCCUUAUUUAGAUCAAGAUUUUACAUUGAAGGAUUUUACUAAUGGUUCCAAACAGGCCUUAGCUGUAGUUUCUUCAUUACUUUCAGAAGGUGAUUUUCAGUCAUUAAAAGGACUUGUUGCAGAAGAGGCUUUAACGGAAAUUAAAAGCAAUUAUUCUGUAUUGAAUGUUAAAGAGAGACAAGAUUUGUUGGUCAAAAUAGCAGAUAUCUUAUUUGCCUUUCCAUAUCAAAUUGGAAUAAUAUUCGAUGACGAUAAUCAAAAAAGAUUUGCAGAAAUAACUGUGGUGUAUCAUUGUUUGAGUGGUUUUGAAGAACUAAGACGGGAAGGAAAAGUUAUUACAGAAGAGGCAAAAGAGGAUUUAAAGAUAUGUAAUUAUAGGUUUAUAAGGGAGUAUACUAAAGGAGUAGAAAGCGAUUGGAUAAUCAACAAACUAGGACACUUUAAAAUUUGCCAUUUUGAAGAUUAAUAAUUAUUUGCAUCAGAUUUGAAGAAAGAAUGUUUUAGCUUUUGUAUGUUUCUUUUUGAUUGAAACACUGUUAUGACAUAUUUUCAUGUAAUUUCAUUGUACUGUGUUUGUUACAUGAUAAAAUGAUGCUGCAUGGUU